AUGAAUUAGUACAAGUUGGUUGGCAAAAAAGGAGAAGGAACAUUUUCAGAAGUGAUCAAAUCUCAAUCAUUCAAGACUGGAAAUUAUGUUGCAAUUAAAUGCAUGAAAAAUAAAUUCACAUCCAUUGAACAAGUUAAUCAUUUGAGAGAGAUACAGGCACUAAGAAAGCUGAGUCCUCAUGAUCACAUUAUCAAGUUGAUCGAAGUUCUAUAUGACGAACCCACAGGACGAUUGGCUUUGGUGUUUGAGUUGAUGGAAUAGAAUUUGUAUGAACAUAUUAAAGGGAGAAGAUAACCUUUGAAUCCUUAAAAAGUUAAAUCAUUUAUGUACUAACUGCUAAAAUCUAUUGGACAUAUGCACAAAAAUGGCAUCUUUCACAGAGACGUUAAACCUGAAAACAUUCUACUAAACGCAGACCAUCUCAAACUUGCCGAUUUCGGAUCGUGCAAAGGAAUCUACUCCAAACAUCCUUAUACUGAAUAUAUCUCUACUAGAUGGUACAGAGCCCCUGAAUGCUUAUUGACAGAUGGCUAUUAUGAUCAUAAAAUGGAUCUCUGGGGAGUAGGAUGUGUCAUGUUUGAAAUCAUAGCCUUAUUUCCACUCUUCCCAGGAACCAACGAACUAGAUCAAGUAAACAAAAUACACAACAUAUUGGGAACUCCCAGUCAGAAGGUUUUCGAUAGAUUUAGAAAACAAGCGACUCAUAUGGAAAUCAAUUUCCCACCUAAGCAUGGCAGUGGUAUCGAUAGGUUACUGCAAGGAUAAAGCAAGGAAUGCAUUGAUUUAAUUAAACUACUAUUGAUUUAUGACCCAGAAGAGAGAAUCAACGCUUAAUAAGCGUUAAGACAUGAAUAUUUUAGAGAGUUAUAUGAGGCUGAUCCUUAAUUGUAUGGCUAGCAUACUAUCAGAAUAUCCAAUCAAAAAGAAAAUGACAACUCUUUGGAAAAGAGCCAAAGAAUAGAUGAAAACAAAUAGUAACCCUAAUAGAAUGUCAAGAAAACCAAAAAUUACUAUGCAAAAUCUUAAAAGUAAUCAGGAUUACCCUCCUUGCAAUUCGAUUUGAAAGUUGAGAGUAUUUAUAAAAAUACUUAACAUCAUGACAGUGAUGAUGAUCUCGAGAAAUAGUCAUCUAAUAAAUAGAUGAUGCUGCCUCAGAUUCCCAAAUCGAAAAAAUAUGAUCCUAAAAAAAUAUAUGGCAAAUAAUAAUAUGGGUCAUCAUAAAAUUAGCCAUAUUAGUUUAAUCCCAAAGGUAAAAAAGUGACUCAUGGUUUGCAAGGUGAAUAUAUAGUUUUUGGAAAGAAAACAAUGAAUUAAUGAUAUAUUUCAAGUGUUUUUAGUUGACUGACCAUAAUAUAUAUAAUAAAUUAGAAUUUCACUAACGAAACCAAUUCAAUU